CACCCAUUGGUGUCUACGGAAAAGGUCAAAAGACCACAAAGCUAUCUCGAUACGAUGGCGACCACCUUACCAUUAUACUAUACCCUCGCAUCACCCUCCACGACAGAUAGGCUCGACGCCUCGGUAUCUCUGCUCUCUGCUCUUGAGCAAUUCCAAUCUCAGCACGCACUCCCAUCGACUGUGGAAGGAGACGAGGCACAACAGUUCGAGGCGCUCAACGCUGCAGAUGUACAGUAUGCUGUGAACCGUUUAGUGAAGGGACUUGCGAGCUCUAGGGAACAGAGCAGGCUGGGGUUUGCGGUCGCUUUGACUGAGCUCCUCCAACGAAUUCCGACCAUCUCGUGCAGUCAUGUCAUCUCUCUUGUUCUUGAUACCACAAAUUUCAGCGGUGGAAUGUCUGGUGCAGAGCAAAGGGAUCUUUUAUUUGCCCGUCUUUUUGGACUCACAGCUAUCAUCGAAUCCGGCGUGCUGUUCCGUACCCAACCCCCAGCAGUCGGCCCGUCAGACUUGAAGCUUCUGCCAACUAUCGAUGACUUCGCGACUGUGAUCACUGAGCUUAUUAGCCUCGGAGAGCAGAAGAACUGGCUGAAGGAGAGCGCGUGGUGGGCGGUACUUCAAGCAUUGGAUGCGUUGUAUGAAUCGAAAGUCUCUUGGAAGAAGGAUGCCAUCACACGAAUGGUGGUGGAGAUCUUCGAAGCCAACAAGGAAUGGUCACUUGAGAAGUUUACCUUGGGAGUCAGGCUCCAGAGACGUGAGCCUGAGCUGGCAUGGGGACCAAUGGUUGCGCCGACAUUCAAGCAGAGCAACCUUCUUGGUGCGGGGAACCUUCCCGCUGUCGCACGACUCUUCAAAGGCGCAACUGCCGAAGAAACUGAAGGAACCGAAAAAGGCACCAGUCCGUCUACACCGCAGCUUCAUGCCGCAUGGGACAUCAUUUUGGACUCAUAUUUCACGCCUUCGUCAACUGGAAAGCUUUCACCAUCCAGCGAGUUCCAAGACUUCUUCCGCAUCGUUGUGGACGAUUCUCUCUUUGCGUCUACAGCCUCCGACAUACGGAAAGCCUGGGGUUUCCAGGUUGUCGCCAAAGUGCUUCCCCGUGCUCCAGCUGCCCAGCUUCCCUUGAUAUUCACCCCGAAUUUUAUGCGCACAUGGAUCAAUCAUCUAUCGAAACAGGAUCGUUAUCUCCACAAAGCGGCAACAACCCUCGUCGAGGACAUUCGUAAGGUUGCGCAAGAGAACCCGUCCGUUGCGUACACUUUAAUCGCUCAGCUGACCGGGAAGCAUGGAAACAAGAGAUUUGAUGCGAUAACAAAGACAAAGACGGUGCAGUCUCUGGUGGAGGCGAUGGAUCCAAAUGGGGUGGAGGAGUACACAACAUUCUUGCUGACAGCAGCAUGCGAGGGUGCAGAUGCUGAAGGAACGCGCGGUAUUGAUGCGAAGCGUAUUUGGGUUCUCGACCAACUACAUGUAUUGGUUCGCAAUACGGCUGUUCCGAAGAGUAAGGGAUGUAUCAACAAGAUACUAGAAUUCCUCACCGUACAUGGUUUCUUUAUCAUGAAGAAAGCAAGCUCGAAGAGCACCAUUGCCACCCUGCACACAAUGCCCGAGCCUCUCUUUUCGUCUGCUGUGCAGGAGAAAUGCCGGGAGAAGCUCUAUGCUUCCUUGGCAUUGUUAAACGCUCAGCGUGUAUCAAGCAAGGCUAAGGCCCAGCUGAAUGGCAGCAGUGGUGACGAAUUGGCUGUCAUUGACUGGUUUGACCGUUGUCUUGCUGUGCUGCAGAAAUUAGCAAAAGAUAAAAAACACGUCAUGCCACUCCUGGAAGCCGAUGAGGAUGUGUUGGGGCUGAGGACCUCGGUCAUUCACACAUUGAGCCGCAUAUCCGAAAUGAUGACCAAAAAACCUCUUGUCUCUGCGGCUUGCACAUUGCUUUUGCAGUAUCUGAUGCUGCAGACAUAUGCCGAUGAUAUCGACACAUCUGAGACCCUUCCGGAUAGCAUACAAGCAACCUCCAAGCUCCUUGAUUUGAAUGUAUCCUCCGAAGCAUCUUCCGAGGAAGUUGGGGCCGAGCCAAUUGACCUGCUGAUGGACGUACUCAUGGCUCUGCUUGAAAGUGAUGCAAAUCAUGCUCGUGAGGUAGCUGGUCAAGUGUUCGGAGGCUUGACUAAAGAGGUGUCGGGAUCAACAAUCCAAUUCAUUCUUGAGCAACUGGAGAGCAAACGAGCUGGUGAUGGUGAAGAAGAUGAGGACGCAGACAUGGACGAGGAUGAGGAUGAAACAGAGUCAAAUGGCGCGGAAAACGAUGAAGCUGAGAGUAGUGAAAGCCAAGAAGAUGAAGAUGAAGAUGAAGAUGAUACCGAGGAAGAGGAUGAAGAAGAGGAUACUGCACAGGCCGCUGCCACCGCUGCACUCAGAGCACGACUUGGUGAGGUGCUCAAAGCGAACGGUUUAGGGGCGGAUACGGAUGAGGAGACCGAUAUAUCCGAGGAGGCAACCAAUGAAGACAUUGUUGACGAUGAUACCAUGCUUAAAUUGGACGAUCAAUUAGCUGCUGCAUUACGGUCCCAGGUGGGAGACAAGAAGGGUCAAAAAAAUGCGCAACGUGAAGCGACACACUUCAAGAUUAGAGUCCUGGACCUUAUUGAUAUUUAUCUGAAGAAUGAGCCGACAAGCGAGCUUUCAUUGCAAAUUAUGCUACCACUCCUCGAUCUUGCUCUUUUUUCCAGUUCAGACGAGUCUCAACUUUCCAACAAGGCGACAGGCAUUCUCAAUCAAAGAUUUGGCCAUGCAAAAGAAAUGCCGGUACCGACAAGCGAUGAGGCGGCUGCCGAAUGCCUUCGAGGGGUUCUGGAUCGAAUGCGCCGUACAGAUCCCUCGCCUCUUGUGCUUCACUGUUUCGGCUUCUUGAACAGAGUCCUGUCGAGGCAGGGCAAGGAAGCAAAUGCUACGCUUGUGAAUUUCUACCAAGAAGCAUUGCAGGGCUUUGUCAUGCGAAGGUCACCAGGAAUUCCGUUGUCCAUUUUCAGUAAAUUGAUCUCCUCUGUUCCUGUCUGCGGCUGGGCCAUUCGGGAUACAAUCAUGACACUAAUGACUGCCACUGGUGCGCCCAAUCGCUUUAAUCAGCGCAAGCUAGUGGAGCUGCUUGGACUUGUCCUAGGCUAUGCUACGAACGAGGGUCGAGCCGUUGAGAUCUCAGACGUCCAACGCGCUGAAUUUUUCGAGUCCCUUCGGAAAACGAUUUACGAAGCCCUUGUACAGGCUUUGGAUGCGCCUUCAUUCCUCAGUGACUACACUCGCGACCUGCUCAAGUGCCUGCACCGCGGCAUCCGAACUGCCAACAAAGUCACAGGAGCUGAACAAGGUGAUACUAUAUGGGACGCAUCUGCUUUCGCCGGCAUCCAAGCCAGGCUGGAAAAGGAACAUGGGAAUGUUCCUUCUAUCAUCAACCUCGUGCAAGAGGUAUCGAAAGCACUAAAGCCAGACACUGACAUGGGGCAAACGAAGAAGGCAAACCGCAAAGUUGACCAAGCUAUCGCUGUGCCCCCGUCACCUACAAUCGUAACCAACGUUGCAACAGAUAAAGACGCAAAGCUUCAGUCGUCCAAGCUCAAGUCCAAACUCAAGCGUUCAGCAGAAUCAGGCGUAAGUGUGCAGCCGCAGAAGAAGAAGAAAAUCAAAGCAUCUUCAUGA